UCUCACACUAACUCACACACACAAACACACACAUAGAUAUAGUGAGAGAAAGUUGCCUAGUUUCUUUCCAUCAUCUGCAACUCGUGACAUCUCUACUCCCCUUUCCUUUUCAACAGACAUAAAACACAAAUUUGCACCCUUUUUUUAUUUCCUCAAUCCAAAUUCUGUAAAUCUGUCUGUUUUUUCUAUCCAUCUUCUUCAUCUCAUCUGCAUGUUGGUUUUGAGAAAUUAAGAUGAAUAAUGAAAGAGAGAAGAUCUUCAAAGGUAAAGUUGUAAUCGUUGCUGUCAAAGCAUCUAAAGAAAUCUCAAAGACAGCAUUGUUAUGGGCUUUAACUUGUAUAGUUGAAUCUGGAGAUUGUAUCAAAUUGAUCGCAGUCCUCCCUUCUCAAUCAUCUGGAAAACGAUUAUGGGUUUUUCCUAAAUUGGGUAUGGAUUGGACGCCUGGAAAGUGUAAUUGGGUUUCUAUUUCAAUGGGUAGAAUUACAGAUGAAGAAUGUAUUAAAGAAGCUUGUUCUCAAAUGGUGUUUUUACUUCAUGAUCUUUAUGAUUCGGAGAAAAUUAAGAUGAAGGUGAAAGUGAUCUCUGGUUCGUACGGAGCUGUGGCUGAAGAAGCAAAAAAGGCUCCUUGCAGCUGGAUUAUAUUGGAUAAAGGACUGAAAAAGGAAGCGCCGCCGUGCAUUGAACAACUCCGAUGCAAUAUCGCGAUUAUGAAACGCUGCCGGCCGAAAAUCCUUCGUCUGAAUCUUGUCGGAUCGUCGGCGAAUAAUCCAGAAAGAAGAAACCUAACGCCGAAUUCAGAUUCUCUAUCUCUAUGGAACUUGAUCCAAGCUCCAAACCUAACGCCGUUAAACAGCCCCCACGAUACUCCGUUCAGUACAACCGACGCCGGAACGGCGUCGUCUCUAUCCAGCGGCGAUACAGGAAAGUCGCCGUUUUCAGUAUCUGAAAUAAAUCGAGAAAGGAAAAGAUUGGCAUUUCUACAAACAGUUGAUAGACAUAAUAACAGCAACAUUGAUGGUUCAGAAGUAAGCAGUGAAGAAUUUAACUCUCCUUCAACAAGUUUAUGUUCUCCAUCAUGGAUAACAGCAACAACAACAACAUUAUCAUCUGAUCAUAAAAAGAUGAAUAAUAAUUAUGGUCUUGAUUUAGAUUCAAGAAAAGCUCCAGCUGAUCCACCUCCAUUAUGUUCAUUAUGUCAUCAUAAAGCACCUGUUUUUGGAAAACCCCCCAGAUGGUUUUCAUAUGCAGAGCUUGAACACGCCACGAAAGGAUUUUCGGAGGCUAAUUUCUUGGCGGAAGGUGGUUUUGGCUCUGUUCAUCGCGGGUUCUUACCAGAUGGUCAAAUUGUUGCGGUUAAACAAUAUAAACUGGAGAGUAUGCAGGGUGAUCGUGAAUUUUGUUCGGAGAUUGAGGUUUUGAGCUGCGCGCAGCAUCGGAAUGUUGUUAUGUUGAUUGGAUUGUGUGUGGAGGAUAAGAAACGGUUGCUGGUUUAUGAAUAUAUUUGCAAUGGAUCUUUGGAUACACAUCUUUAUGGAGAUAAGAAGGGGAUAUUGGAAUGGUGUUCUAGACAAAGGAUUGCAGUUGGAGCCGCGAGAGGAUUGAGAUAUCUUCAUGAAGAAUGUAGAGUUGGUUGUAUUGUUCAUCGCGAUGUUCGUCCCAAUAAUAUUCUCAUCACUCAUGAUUUUGAACCUUUGGUUGGAGAUUUUGGAUUAGCUAGGUGGCAACCAGACGGAGAUUUGGGUGUUGAAACGCGGAUAAUUGGAAGAUUUGGGUACUUGGCUCCAGAAUAUGCUCAAAGUGGACAAAUUACAGAAAAAGCUGAUGUCUAUUCUUUUGGCAUGGUAUUGUUGGAGCUUGUAACGGGAAGGAAAGCAAUGGAUAUUGCUCGACCUAGAGGCCAGCAGUGUCUAUCCGAAUGGGCACGUCCUUUGCUGAAAAAACUAGCUAUUGAGGAAUUAAUCGAUCCACGAAUAAGAAACCAAUGUUCAGAGCAAGAGGUUAUUUCCAUGCUUCAUUGUGCUUCGUUGUGCAUCAGACGGGCUCCUCAGUCCAGGCCACGCAUGUCACAGGUUCUUCGAAUGUUGGAAGGCGAUACUAUUUCCUGAAGGCUUACAAUUUUUCUUUUUGAAAUGUAGAAAAAAAAAAGUUGCACAUAUAUGUAUGGUGCAUUCCUAUUUCCUGUUGUGAUAAAAAAGAAUGGUUAAAAGUUUCCAUGUAAAAUAAUUUGUUAAAUGUUUGUAUAAAUUUUUACUACUAAGGAAAGCUUUCUUAGAGGAGUAUAAUAUUGUCAAACUAGUUUAUUAAAUACAAUUAUGUUUUCUUCU